GGCCGGCCGGGGCCCUCAGCUGGAUCGGAGACUGGCUUCAAUUUGAAAUUGAAGGAUCACAAGCGAGAUUCUUCGGCUUACAUUUUCUCAGCUGAUCUCCCUCAUACUCUCUUACGCACAAUAUUUCUCCCAGACCAAAUCAAACACACCUAUCCGAUCAAAGCCAUAUAAACCACCCACCUACCCGUUUUCCAAAAUGCAUUCCCACCUUCACACCCCCGACAACAUCAACUGCGAGGAAAUCAUGACCGCAUUGGACGAAUGCCACGCGAAGGGAUUCCUGCACAAGGCGCUGGGCAACUGCAACGACAUCAAGCGCGACGUCAACAAGUGUCUGUCGGAGCAGCGGUAUAUGCGCGCAAAGAAGAACCGUGACCAGGCGCGCGAGAACCGCCGCCGGAUUGAGAAAAUCUGGGCGGACGAGAAGGCGCUGGCGGCGGGUCCGGAGGUUGGUGCCGCCGCCGCUGCUGAGGGGAAGUAGGCGUUUGGGCAGGGUGGUGUGAGGUAUGGCACGCAUGGUCUUGUCUGGAGAACUGUGCUGGGUGACCAUUAUCAUGAUAGUGAUGAUGGUGGUUGGGGAGGUGGUGCCUUUAGGAGUGCAGGAAUAUGUAUUAUAAAACACACACACAAUUGCAUCUGGGAUUGGCGUUGGGGACUUGGGGGCGGUUUUGUUUAUUGUCUCACUUGUGACAGACUUGCUGAGAUCUACACUUCUCGGGUUGAUUUCGCGGAAGAUACCUCGCAAGUAUCAUGGUUUUGCGAUAUGAAGAUUGGAUAUACAACUCACUGCUCAUACACAUAUUAAC